GAUGUUGUAUUAAAAUAGUGAAGGCUACACUCACAGACUGUCCUUUCUUCUUCUAUAUAAACCCAUCCAACUAACACUUUCAAAUGACCAAAUUCCUUUUCUCCACUAUCACCGUCCUUUCUUCUUCUAUAUAAACCCAUCCAACUAACACUUUCAAAUGACCAAAUUCCUUUUCUCCACUAUCCCAUCCCAUAAAAAGUGAGAAAGGAAUGAGGAAAGGAAACUAACUACUCUCCUCUCAAAAAUUAUAAAGUUAAAAUAAUAAAUGGCUGCUUCAGUUGACAACCGUCAGUUUCGUAACCUAAACGGCGUCGUUCGCCCAUUCAAUACCAUCCACGACCUGAAACCGGGAUUCCCGUUAAACAUAGAUUCAUUCAGCAGCGACAACGAAGAAGAAGAAAACGACGACGCUUUAGAUCUCCAAGAAUUAAUCCGAAAAACGAACGCGGAAGUCGAACCGUCAAUUCUGGACCCACGCGAUGAAGGAACGUUGGAUAACUGGGUCACACGAAACGCUUCCAUGGUCCGUCUCACAGGGAAACAUCCUUUUAAUUCAGAACCACCACUACCACGUCUGAUGCACCACGGUUUCAUAACACCAGUUCCAAUCCACUACGUUAGAAACCACGGUGCUGUCCCAAAAGCACGUUGGGAAGAUUGGACCGUUGAAGUAACCGGUCUAGUAAAAAACCCAACCCGGUUCACUAUGGACCGACUCAUCCGCGAGUUUCCAAGCCGUGAGUUUCCCGUUACAUUAGUCUGCGCUGGUAACCGUCGAAAAGAACAAAACAUGGUGAAACAAAGCGUUGGUUUUAAUUGGGGUGCUGCAGCUGUUUCAAACUCCGUAUGGCGCGGGGUAUCUUUGCGUCACGUGCUUAAAAGGUGUGGGAUUCACGUGCGUUCUAAAGGUGCGGUUCAUGUUUGUUUUUAUGGUGCUGAGGAUUUACCGGGUGGUGGUGGGUCCAAAUAUGGAACUAGUAUUAAGAGGGAAUAUGCGAUGGAUCCUUCGCGUGAUGUUAUACUUGCUUACAUGCAGAAUGGUGAGGCUUUGGCUCCGGAUCAUGGGUUUCCGGUUCGGGUUAUUAUACCCGGUUUUAUUGGUGGACGUAUGGUGAAAUGGCUUAAACGUAUUGUUGUUACUUCUGAUGAAUGUGAUGGUCACUAUCAUUAUAAGGAUAAUAGAGUACUUCCUUCCCAUGUUGACGCAGAACAAGCCAACGAAGAAGGUUGGUGGUACAAGCCGGAAUAUAUUAUCAACGAGCUAAACAUAAACUCGGUGAUUACAACGCCGUGUCACGAUGAGAUCUUGCCUAUAAACUCAUGGACUACACAGAGACCUUAUACACUGAAAGGUUAUUCAUAUUCCGGGGGUGGAAGAAAGGUGACACGGGUUGAGGUAACAAUGGAUGGUGGAGAAACAUGGCACGUAUGCACAUUGGAUCAUCCUGAAAAACCUACAAAAUACGGGAAAUAUUGGUGCUGGUGCUUUUGGUCCUUAGAAGUAGAGGUACUCGACCUUCUUGGUACCAAAGAGAUUGCUGUCCGUGCAUGGGAUGAGGCUCUAAACACCCAACCUGAAAACCUCAUCUGGAAUGUUAUGGGUAUGAUGAACAAUUGUUGGUUCAGGGUAAAAACAAACGUGUGCAGACCCCACAAAGGUGAAAUUGGCAUAGUGUUUGAACACCCAACACAACCAGGUAACCAAUCAGGUGGUUGGAUGGCAAAAGAAAGACACUUGGAAAGAUCACAAGACACCAAUCCAACUCUCAAAAAGAGUGUCUCUUCUCCUUUCAUGAACACAACAUCAAAAACAUACUCCAUCUCCGAAGUUAAAAAACAUAAAACCCCUGAUUCUGCUUGGAUCAUCGUCCACGGUCAUGUCUACGAUUGCACACGCUUCCUUAAAGACCAUCCUGGUGGCUCCGAUAGCAUCCUCAUCAAUGCCGGUACUGAUUGUACCGAUGAAUUCGAAGCUAUCCACUCUGACAAAGCCAAAAAAUUGCUAGAAGAUUAUCGAAUCGGCGAGCUUGUUACUACUGGUUACGCUUCAGAUUCAUCCUCCCCAAAUAACUCCUUUCAUGGAAAUUCUGAAUUUAGCCAUCUUGCUCCCAUUAAAGAAAUCAUGGCUCUUAACCCACGUGAGAGAAUCCCAUGCAAACUCAUUUCAAAAACAUCAAUUUCGCAUGAUGUAAGACUCUUCCGUUUUGCAUUACCCUCGGACGAUCAAUUAUUGGGAUUACCCGUCGGAAAACACAUUUUCUUAUGUGUUACCGUAGAAGGAAAAUUGAUCAUGCGAGCUUAUACGCCAACAAGUAGCAUUGAUGAAAUUGGAUAUUUUGAUUUAGUUGUCAAAAUUUACUUCAAAAAUGUUCAUCCAAAGUUUCCUAGUGGUGGUCUCAUGUCUCAAUAUUUGGACUCACUUACCAUUGGGUCCACAUUGGAAGUAAAAGGCCCAGUGGGCCACAUUGAAUACCUUGGAAGAGGAAAUUUUACGGUUCACGGGAAACAAAGGUUCGCCAAGAAGCUAACAUUUUUAGCUGGUGGAACGGGGAUUACACCCGUAUAUCAAGUCGCGAAUGCAAUUCUGAAAGAUGCCAAUGAUCGAACUGAAAUGUAUGUUGUUUAUGCGAAUCGGACCGAGGAUGAUAUAUUGUUGAGGGAAGAGUUGGAUGAAUGGGCAAAGAUUUAUAGUGAUAGGUUCAAAAUUUGGUAUGUUGUGGAAAAUGCAAAAGAAGGGUGGGAAUAUAGUGUAGGGUUCAUUACGGAGAGUAUCAUGAGGCAGCAUGUUCCAUUGGCUGGAGAGGAUACUUUGGCUUUGGCUUGUGGGCCACCACCUAUGAUUCAGUUUGCAGUGCAGCCUAAUUUGGAAAAAAUGGGGUAUGAUAUUAAGAAGGAUUUGCUUGUGUUUUAGGGGGGAGAAAGAAAGUAGAUACAAAAUUGUGUAUGUGUAUUCUUAGGAAUUGGAUAUGGUGCAUUCAUUUUUCCAUACAGUUGUUUAAUAGCCGUUCGAUCAUGAUCAAACGGUUUAAACAAAUGCAGUCAAUAUAUAAUAGUUUAAAUCAUAAUCGUCUGAUUUUGAUUGGAUGACUAUUGAUGUCCUGACUGCAUGAUUGCACCGAAAAAGCGACUGCACAGAAUCCGAAUCCGUAUUCUUAUGUGCAAAUGUAUCAUUAGUUGUCGUUGGUUUGGAGUAAUAUCGUUUAUUUCAUUCUUUGUAAGGAAAUGAUAAAAAUAAAAAUAAAAAAUUGUAAUAGGCUUUGGUCUCGUUUUUUAUUAGGCUUUGAUCUAGUCAAGAUUUUUUGACUGCUAAGUAAUGUAAAUACAUGUUAUAUAUGUCGAAUUUCCAUUUUCCAAAAA